CUCGGUUAUCUUUCUUUGUCAAUCGAAACCCGGAACGAAACCUGUCUAAAGUCUACACACCUGGGGAACCUUUUUCUCUUUCUGGAAAUAGUCUCUGUUCUUUUCACCGUCAUCCAAACUUGACCUGUAGUGACGACGAGUUCAAAGUAUAACCCAAGAACUACUGCACACUUUAUACGAACAACUUGAGCGACUAUUCACUCCGCCUGUUAUUCUAGAACCCAGUUUACACUACAAGCCUUAGUUUCAUCCCCACUUGUUUUUAAUCCAGUCUUGAUCCAAUCCAAUACAGACCUGCCAAUCGGCAGUUGCAUCACUGAACCCCUGAAAACCUGCCAUCUGAUUGAUUUCACCUUGGAGCCAAGGACGAAAGCCAUCAAAAACCCCCACCAUUGUUCCUCCAGCCAUCACUGGUUGGACGCGGGCGCUACUGAACCGGCUGCUUCCAGGCAGGAACCAAACGUCAAGAGAAAACAAACCAAUUAAUUAGAUUGUCAAAACUUUCUCUUCUUAUACUCACUCAUACAUAUAAUUUCCCACUCCCCGCCCCCUGUCAUCAUGGGUCUACGCGACCUAUUGAGGAAGAAGGAUGGCAUCGAAGCGGAUGGUCCGGGGGCCAACGAGCAAACAGUGGAUCAAUUCGGUGCCCAACAACAAGGCCACCUACGGCAACCGGUGACUUUUAUCAGGACCGACACCUUCAACCACGAAGUCAUACAGCCUCCCGGAGAUCCCGCAGCAGAGCAGGACGGCGGCAGAGACAAGGGUAACAGCAUGCACGGCGGUGACGGCAACUUCCUGUCGCCAGACGGCUCCAAGCGCCGCAGCUUCUUCUCGUCCGGGUCGUCGCGGUCGCGGGGUUCGUCGGAGUCGUCGGCGCACAGCCCCACGGCCGAUCCCGGCCACAAGGACAAGGACAAAGUGUUCCGACGGCUGUCGCAACGUCUGCACCUGGCGCGGUCCCCGCCCUCGAGCGAAAACGUGCCACAGAACCUGCCCGAAAUCGUGAUUCGGCCCGAGGAGGAGGCGAGCCCGGCGGUCGAGUCCAAGUGGGAGGAGCGCGCGACCAUCCUAGCCAUGGAGAACGAGCGCGUCCGGAGCCGGCCGCCGUCCCCGCCCGGCGGCGGCGGCGGCAGUAGCGGGGACGUGUCGGGCGGCUUCGCGCACAUGUCCAUCGGCGACCACGCCGGACCGUCGGGCAGGAAGCGCAGCCCCAGCGCCGUGUCGAGCAAGGCACUGGACGACAACAUCCAAGAAGCCAUCCGACUGCACGAGGCGGGCGAGCUCGAGCAGUCCACCAAGCUCUUUGGCAAGCUGGCCGACCCCGAGGGUGAUAACAACCCGCUGAGCCAGGUGCUCUACGGCCUGGCCUUGCGACACGGCUGGGGCUGCCAGCCAGAUCCCGAAGGGGCCGUCCACUACCUCUCCAAGGCGGCUUCCAACGCCGCCACUGUCGAGACGUUGGCCCUGCAGGCCGGGAUGAAGAAGGGAGGCGCUGCCAAGGGUGAGCUGGUCCUGGCCAUCUUUGAGCUGGCAAACUGCUUCCGGCACGGCUGGGGUGUGCAGAAAGAUCCGGUAGCGGCAAAACAGUAUUACGAAACUGCGGCAAAUCUUGGAGACACAGAUGCCAUGAACGAGGUGGCUUGGUGCUACCUCGAGGGCUUUGGCUGCAAGAAGGACAAGUUUGCGUCCGCCAAGUAUUAUCGUUUGGCUGAAAAGAGCGGCAACAAAACACUAGGCAAUUCAUGGAUCUGGAAGGAAAAGUACGAUCCCGGCAACAACGGAAAGAAGAAAUAAAUUCCACGGAAAGGAAAAAGUUGAUAUCAGUUAUGCACCUUACCCAGAUGCCGGGAACAGGCGCGUUCCAGGGGAAUGCAGAGUUGUGCAGUGCCUGCCGGUCCUGCUUUUGGGUCCGCGUCUACGGUUGAGACGGGCCGCGGAGCGACCUCCCAUCCUUGCUGAGAUAUUUGGUCACCUAACAAAAAAAGGACGACAGUAAAACCAUCGUUGAGGCCUCCCGGAUAGCUGUGACGUUUUACAGUAGAGACGCGUAACUGCUCUCGUCUGGGCACCAAGGUUACUGCGGGAAAAAAAGACAUGAUCGUGGGGUCUUGUCCGGGCGAUGAACAGCCGAGUCGCGGGGGAAGAGGGGGCUUGGGCUGCCGUAGACCUUGGCGAAGAGAGCACAAUCUUUUACGGGUGGUUGUCGAGAGAUGCGGUAUCAGUGGAUUGCAAGUACCCGGCCACAUACUCAAGGUACCUACCUACAUGACACAUGGCAACAGGCAAGAGCAAUAACAUCUAUUCUAAUGGUGUGAAAAGGAAGCCGGUUCCGGUUGUGAUCACGAUUCAGUCAUCAAGAAAACAUCAUCGGAAGCAAAACCAACUGCCAUGUUAUCUAUACGGUAUACCUAAUGGUGUGGCUGUCAUCAGCUGCAGUGGCGCGCUAUGUUUAUUUUAUUUUUUAUUUUUUUUUCUUUCCUUGUGGCACACCACUACAGCCCUUCGUUUUUAUCUUCUCGUCUCCAUAUAUCGUUGCACGAACCGUAAUGCACUGUUUCCCCAUCCCCACGUCCCGCUGAUAGACACACCAAUCCUAAUUUACAGGAAGGGAACUCUUCGGGAGGAGAGCCUGACCAAGCCAACACUUUUUUUAGUCGGAAGGUGUGGGCAAGCUUCUAGCGUUGGUCGGUUGGCAACCCCCCUCCCUUUUUCGUUGUCUGUGACGUGAACUGCAAAGCCGAACAAACUUGAAGUGUGAUUGUGAGACACUGUUCGCUACCUGUUUGCACCGAAUUGUGCCAUCACUUAAGUAUGUCUAUUUUGUAUUCUACAGAGUCCCUGUUC